AUGGAACCAGUUAACACGAGUGGGGGUUUGGCAUUGUUUUAUAAUAACGAUUAUGAUAUCAAUAUCGAGUUUUCUAAUAAAAGGAUCAUUGAUGUUGAGGGUAGAUAUGAAGGCAAGGUGAUUUUCAUGUCCUUUGUCUAUGGGGACCCAGUGGUUAAGCUGCGUGAUCUUGUUUGGGAACGGAUUACAAGGAUUGGAACAACAAGGACAGACCCAUGGUUUUUAAUAGGGGACUUCAAUGAGAUCACAGGAAAUCAUGAGAAACAAGGUGGACCCCUACGUCAAUCAUCCACUUUCAUUCCUUUUAACUUGAUGAUAAGCGACUGUGGUUUUGUGAACUUCCCAAGCCGUGGGAAUACACUAUCAUGGAGGGGACGGAGGCGAGGGAAAAUAGUGCGGUGCCGGCUGCCGGCUGGACAGAGCGUUAGCUACGGAAGAAUGGCACGACCUAUUUCCGGUUUCACAUAUUGA